AUGUCUGCUCCGUUAUACAUGGCCAUGGCUCCCCCUCGUCGACACCCCCUCUCCAACCACCAAGCGGUCAACCAUGCCGUCGUCAACCAUCGUCAAACCCCUCCCGGAUCUCCACCAAAACUGCAGCCAAAGCAGCCGCCUUCUCCUCCUUUACCCAGGCAGAAUGCGAAGGUGACACCACCUUCUCCGCCGAAGAUUAUCGCCGACAAGACCGGUACGCUGCAAUUCCUUCGGGUCGGAAUGUUGGGAGAAGGAGGCUUCGCUCGCGUCUACGAAGUACAAGACUCUCGCGGAAGUCGCGUCGCCUGCAAAGUCGUAACAAAGUCCUCUCUGAAGACCAAGAAAGCCAAGACGAAAUUAUACGCGGAGAUCAAGAUCCACCGGGCGCUGGACCACCCGAACAUCGUGCGGUUCCAGGAAUGCUUCGAGGACGAGGAGAACGUGUACAUGACGCUGGAGCUCUGCCACAACGGGUCGCUGAUGGACAUGCUGCGGAGUCGGCGCCGAUUCACGGAGCCGGAAGCGCGUUUUUUCAUGGUGCAACUGAUUGGGGCAUGCCACUACAUGCACACGCACCAGGUGAUCCACCGGGACUUGAAGCUGGGGAACAUCUUUCUGGACCGGGCGAUGAACGUCAAGGUGGGGGACUUUGGGCUGGCGGCGCUGAUCGAGAACCCCGGGGAGAGGAAGAAGACGAUCUGCGGGACGCCGAACUACAUCGCGCCCGAGGUGCUGUUCGACACGGCGAACGGGCACAGCUUCGAGGUGGACACGUGGUCGAUCGGAGUGAUACUGUACACGCUCGUCGUGGGACGUCCGCCGUUCCAGACGAAGGACGUCAAGGCGAUCUACAAGAGGAUCCGGGACAACGAGUACGAGUUCCCAGCGGAUCGCGCAGUGUCGCGGCAGGUGCAGGAGCUGGUGCAGCUGAUCCUGACGCCAGAUCCGCAACAACGGCCGACGCUGCACGAGAUCGUGGACCACACGUUCUUCACGACGGGCGUCGUCCCGAGCUUUAUCCCCGCCACGGCACACGACGCACCGCCCGACUUCAAGCACGUCACGCGUGGGAUGUCCCAGGCGAAUCUCGCGCGUCUGCGGCGUCAGGCGCUUCUGGAUGAUGACCAGAUAACGAGCAUCUCCGUUCCUGCUGCACCGCAGGCGAGCGCGAGCGUCAACAACGUCGGUGCGCCUAGCAAGCUCAAGGGCGUUACGUCGAGCCUCGCGCAGCAGGAGAAGGAGUUCCAGAAGGCGGUACAGCCCGGUAGCCCGAUCUCUGCGCUGCUCAGCUCGGCGCGCCAGCCUCUCCUUGUCGCAGGGCGGGGAGAGCAGCCGUUCAGGAAGUUACAGUCGACGAAAGAGACGAGGUCUCCCGCACGGCCGCGUCUCGGGCCAGGGGGCCUGCACAACAUUGUGGAGGAACGGGAAGAAGGCGUGGCAGGCGCGAGGCAGGAGGAGAUGCGGAGGAAGGAGCUGGAGUCGCAGAAGGCUCGGAUCGUGGCGCAGAUGGUGCCAGGUACGACGGGUUCGGCCCUGGGCGUGGAGGAUCAGGAGAACAUGCCACCGCCUGCGGCGCGUGGUGAACACAAGGUUAGAGAGCGGUUGAAAGAGAGGGACAUCAUAAUGCGGGAAGAGCCCGUGGUGGGUGCAGCUCUUCCAAUGUCGAGCAGUCUUCCUCCUCUCAAGCAGAACGGCUUCGACGCUGCGGCACAGACGCUCACAGCCGCAUUUGAUGCGAAGAACGCCGGAAGACUAUUCAGAGAUCCGCGAGAGGACGCAAAUCUACCAGACCCGAAGGUGUUCAUCGUAUCUUGGGUGGAUUAUUGCAACAAGUACGGGAUGGGCUACGCCCUAACCGAUGGCUCAGUGGGUGUGCACUUCAACGACAGCACUACUGUUGUUCUUUCUCCCGAUAAACAUCAUUUUGAUUACAUCUCGUCCAGGCGGCAGGGAUCGGUAUAUGUGCGGAAGAAUUACACGGUAUCCGAAUACCCGGAAGACCUCAAGAGCAAGGUGUACCUGCUGAAGCACUUCGAACGUUACAUCAUGGACAGGCUCUACGGCGAGUAUGAUUACACAUUCGAAGAUCUACAGCGAGCGAAGGGCAUGGACUUCGUACAGAAGUACCUCCGCAUGAAGCACGUUAUCGUGUUCAAGAUGAGUCACGAUGUCUUACAGUUCAAUUUCUACGAUCACUCAAAAGUCAUCUUGUCCUCGCAGGGCCUUCUCGUGACGCACAUUGACAAGAAUUACCAGAUGACGCGGUGGUCGUUGAGCGAGAUUAUGGUCAUGGCACUGCGUCCGCCUGUGUCAGAUCCAGACCAAUCGAAGUUCAACCAGCGGCUUAUCGAUAAACUCAAGUACUGCAAGGAGGUGUUAGUUUCCAUCCGAAACGUCAGCGUUGGGCAGGGCGCAGGCACGAGCGCAGAAAGUGAUGGUCUAGGGACCAUACCAAUCAUGAGCACGAAGUCGUCGAAGGCCUCGUUGCGAUGA